AUCCAAGAGCUCAGUCGCAGUGCCUGAGGAAAGCAGCCAGUCCGUUCGAUUAAACGGGCCCCUGGCUUCGGAUUUUUUUACGAGGGUAAGGAAGAGUAGGAGGGACGAGGGAUGGACGCGAAAGGCUCGAUCCUUAAUCCAAGCCGGAGACAAAGCCGCGCUGGGCAGCCCGCUACGCGCGGCCCCCACUUUCCGGCCCGAGAUGAAUGCUGCGGCACAGGCCGAGUUCAACAUCCUCCUGGCCACCGAUUCCUACAAGGUUACUCACUAUAAACAAUACCCACCCAACACAAGCAAAGUUUAUUCCUACUUUGAAUGCCGUGAAAAGAAGACAGAAGACUCCAAAAUAAGGAAGGUGAAAUUUGAUGAAACAGUAUUUUAUGGGUUGCAGUACAUUCUUAAUAAGUACUUAAAAGGUAAAGUAGUAACCAAAGAGAAAAUCCAGGAAGCCAAAGAGAUGUAUAGAGAGCAUUUCCAAGAUAAUGUCUUUAAUGAAAAGGGAUGGAACUACAUUCUUGAGAAAUACGAUGGGCAUCUUCCAAUAGAAAUAAAAGCUGUUCCGGAAGGCUCUGUCAUUCCCCGAGGAAAUGUUCUCUUCACAGUGGAAAACACAGAUCCGGAGUGCUACUGGCUUACAAAUUGGAUUGAGACUAUUCUUGUUCAGUCCUGGUAUCCAAUCACAGUGGCCACAAAUUCUAGAGAACAGAAGAAAAUAUUGGCCAAAUAUUUGUUAGAAACCUCUGGUAACUUAGAUGGUCUGGAAUUCAAGUUACAUGACUUUGGCUACAGAGGAGUCUCUUCUCAAGAGACUGCUGGCAUAGGAGGGUCUGCUCACUUGGUUAACUUCAAAGGCACAGACACAGUAGCAGGAAUUGCUUUAAUUAAAAAAUACUAUGGAACAAAAGAUCCUAUUGCAGGUUAUUCUGUUCCAGCGGCAGAACACAGUACCGUAACAGCUUGGGGGAAAGACCAUGAAAAAGAUGCUUUUGAACAUGUAGUAACACAGUUUUCAUCAGUGCCUGUAUCUGUGGUCAGCGAUAGCUACGACAUUUUUAAUGCCUGUGAGAAAAUAUGGGGUGAAGAUCUAAGACAUUUAAUACUAUCAAGAAGUACAGCGGCACCACUAAUAAUCAGACCUGAUUCUGGAAAUCCUCUUGACACUGUAUUAAAGGUUUUGGAUAUUUUAGGUAAGAAGUUCCCUGUUACUGAGAACUCAGAGGGCUACAAGUUGCUGCCUCCUUAUCUUAGAAUUAUUCAAGGAGAUGGAGUAGAUAUUAAUACCUUACAAGAGAUUGUAGAAGGCAUGAAGCAAAACAAAUGGAGUCUUGAAAAUAUUGCCUUUGGUUCUGGUGGUGGUUUGCUACAGAAGUUCACAAGAGAUCUCUUGAAUUGUUCCUUCAAGUGUAGUUAUGUUGUAACCAAUGGCCUUGGGGUUAAUGUCUUUAAGGACCCAGUUGCUGAUCCCAACAAAAGGUCCAAAAAAGGCCGAUUAUCUUUACAUAGGACACCAGCAGGGAAUUUUGUUACAAUUGAAGAAGGAAAAGGAGACCUAGAGGAAUAUGGUCCAGAUCUUCUCCAUACUGUUUUCAAGAAUGGGAAGGUGACAAAAAAUUAUUCAUUUGAUGAAGUAAGAAAAAAUGCAAAGCUGAGUAUCGAACUGGAAGUAGCCCGUCAUUAGGCUUUGUUUUAUGACUGGCUGUGGGUACGUGCUUGUGUAUGCGUUUACAUGCAUGCACACACAUACACCCAUGUGUGUAUGUAAUGCAUAAUGUUUAUUGUACAGGUGUGUGGGAGUUGUGUUUUAUGAUACAUGACAGCCAAAUUAUUUGUUGGUUUAUGGACAUACUGCCCUUUUCUUUCUUUUUUUCCAGUGUUUAGGUGACCUCAAAAUAGGAAAUGCAGUUAACCAUGUAAAAGAUUAAUGGUAAAGUAAGCUUUUUAGGGCUCUUUGCCAAUAGAUAGUAAUUCAAUCUGGUAUUGAUAUUUUCACAAAUAAUCAAACCAAGAAACUUUUAUAUAUAACUGAAGAUCACAUAAAACAGAUUUGCAUAAAAUUAUCAUUGCUUUAUGUUUAUAUUUAACUUGUAUUUUUGUACAAAUAAGAUUGUGUAAGAUACAAAGUUUAAGUGAUUUAACAGUCUUUCCAACUUUUCCUGAUUUUUAUGAGUACAGACUUUCAAGAAAACACUUGAAAAUAAAUUACAUUGCCUUGUGUCCAUUAAUCAGCAAAUAAAACAUGGCCUUAAAGUUGUUUGUGUCAUUGUACAAUUUGGAAAUUAUGUCGGGACAUACCCUAUAGAAUUACUAACCUCACUGCCCCUUGUAGAAAAUGUAUUAAUCAUUCUACAUUAAAGAAAAUAAUGGUUCUUACUGGAAUGUCUAGGCACUGUACAGUGAUGAUAUACAUUGGUCAUUGUAUUGUACCAGUGAAAAGCCAAAUUUAAAAGGCCUGAAACUGCAGUUUUUGUAUGUCAGAUAUUGCCUGUGGUGGCUCUAAUAUGCACCUCAAGAUUUUAAGGAGAAGAUGUUUUUAGAGAGAAUUUCUGCUUCCACUAUAGAAUGUAUACAUAAGUGUAAAAUACUGACAUAAGUGGAAGUAGCGUAUUUUAAAGUAAUUACACUUCUGAAUUUAUUUUUCCUAUUCUAUAGUUGAUAUGACUUAAAUGAAUUACUGGAAUGGGUAGUGAGUGUGCUUAUUUUAAAUGUUUUGAUUCUGUUAUAUUUUUCAUUAAGUUUUUUAAAAAUUAAAUUGAAUAUUAAAUUGUA